UGUGCUCGGAGAACAAAUGCAGAGACACCGUUAGAGACAGCGGCUGCCAGAGGCUUCUAGAAACAACGUGCACCGGACAUUCACCGGUAAACUAACGCGCUCCCCGCUCACAGUAACUCUUACCGAGUCUGUACAUUUUAUCCAGAUUUCCAGGAUGGCUAAAUGGGGAGAAGGAGACCCUCGCUGGAUCGUUGAAGAGAGAGCCGAUGCGACUAAUGUCAACAACUGGCACUGGACUGAACGAGACGCAACAAACUGGUCGUCGGACAAAUUAAAAUCUCUGCUUGUUGGACUGAGUGUGGAAAAUGAGGAGGGGAAGUGUGAGGUGACAGAGGUCAGCAAGUUGGAAGGAGAGGCCUCGAUCAACAACCGCAAGGGGAAACUUAUUUUCUUUUAUGAGUGGAACCUUAAAGCAACUUGGACCGGAAAAUCAAAUGCAGGAGUCAAAUAUAAAGGAACCAUUGAAGUACCGAACCUGUCUGAUGAGAACGACAUGGAAGAUCUGGAUAUUUCUGUAUCAUUGAACAAAGAUGAACCUGACACACCGCUGACCAACCUGAUGAAAACAGAAGGAGCCGAGAAAAUUCGCGAGGCGCUCGGAAACUACGUCGGAUCCUUAAAAACAGAGUUCACACAAGGAAUGAUCCUGCCGACGGCCAACGGUGUGGCCAAAACACAGACCACAUCACAGUCCAAAGCCAAGCAGGAUAAAACUCGGAUUUCGUCCUCGGGGAGCACCACCGCUCCAGUCAACACCGGCGUCAAGAUCCCAACCUGUAAAUUCAGCAUGAGGGAAACGUUCCUCACCUCACCGGCUGACCUCUACAGGGUUUUCCUCAACCAGGAGAUGGUCCAGGCGUUCACACACGCUCCAGCGACAGUCGACGGGGAGAGAGGCGGCAAAUUCCGUCUGCUAGAUGGAAACGUUUUCGGUGAAUUCACAGAACUGGUUCCCGAUGAGAAAAUAGUCAUGAAGUGGCGGUAUAACAACUGGCCCUGUGAACAUUACGCCACAAUCUCCAUGAGUUUCUUGGACCGAAGCAACGAGACUGAGCUGAAGGUGGAGUGUCGAGGCGUCCCCGACAGCGAGGAGGAGCGGACGAAAGAGGGCUGGAAGAGAUACUACUUCGAAGCUAUCAAACAGACAUUUGGCUACGGAGCGCGACUCUUCUGAAGACGCUGUACUCGUACUGUUUUCUCUUCUGUUUUGGAUUUUUAACUUUUUCCCCCGUCCUUGAUCUCUCUGGCACAAAGAUGUCCCGUUGUAGAGACUCGAGGGGUGAGGCCGAUCUGUCACCUGUCUGUGUACGUGUAAAUGUUUUAAUUUGUUGAACAUAUUUAACUCUCGAGUUUUCUCCCCUUCUGUCAGUAUUUGGCUCAUUUGUGCAAAGGAGCGUUAAAGGACGGUGCCUUUGGGACCAGGAUGGAAAAUGGAUUGAAUAAAACAAAGAAGAAUCUAUCGAACCACUAAAGCAAAUUGGCCUCCAGUUCUAUAAAUAUGUAAUUAUUGCAAGAGUAAAAAUAAAUGUCGGUUUUCUUUUAUUUGAGGAAAAUAUGUUGCUUUGAACAUGUUUCUUUUGUACUUAUUUUACUCUUCUUUCUGUGUAACUGUAGUGGAGACGCUUCGAGCUAAGAUGCAUGUUCCAUUUGAAACUGCCAGACAAGGAAAGAUUUCAGGGCUUUCAGCUACAGCUAAGCAGCACAGUAACAUCACCUGUUCUGUUCACACUUGAUUUCAUGCCCAUCAUGUUGAUUUGUGGGUGAUCAGACCAGCUCGGACCUUCAGCACCAACUAAAAAAACCACAUCGUUUCUGUGUCAGAAACUGAGCAAAAACCCUCAUGCAGGUAGGCAGCGUAGCAGCCCAGCACAGACUUCAUGUAUUUGGCUUCAAAAUGUACAUCCAGUAAAAAGCUGUCAGACUCCAAUGCUUAUUUAUUCUUCAUUUCAUCCUUUCAUAAUGUAUAAAGAUUAGGUUCUUGGAAUAAAUCAGUCCGUGUCUGCUCU